CGAGUAUCUAAAACAAGCAAACGCCAAGAGAUUCUGGCGCUAAACCGACUAUAACGUGUAUCAAUAGCAAUGUGAGAGAUACCCGUGAACUUUUCUCCCUUCAGAUAAGUCCCUGACGAUACAAACCUAUCAGAAGAUGUAAUUGAUUCUAGCUCAGUUCUCAGUGCCUAUCACCAGAAAGACAUUACUCUAAUUGUCACAUGUGUACUAGCGUCCAAAGGGUAUACAGAACCCCACAUUCAUGAACCUGAGUAUCUCGUAGGUUGUUGAAAAACUCCGAGUAUAAGUGAUAAUGCAUCCCUGUUGGCUAUCAGAGAUCAUUGUCUAAUCUCGUACUGGUUUACAAGUAUAUAUAUGACGGGCCAUCCCCCCUUCUGUUGUAUCGCCUUUUGAAGGGAUCCUCAGCUUUCCGAAACAUGACAUCUGGAAAAGAACACAUCCAAGUGGAGAGUACUAGUUUGGAUGCAAGCUACAACGAGCUCACUGAUUUCCACUCCGAGAAAGAUGCAGAUAAAUACGGACAGACCGAACGGGGGCUAAACUCCCGCCAUGUCAACUUGAUGAUCAUUGGCUCAUUCAUCGGGACGGGUUUGUUUGUGGGGAUGGGUUCGCUACUCAUCACAUCUGGCUCCCUCUCCCUCUUUAUCGGGUUUGUCAUCUGGUUAGCGCUUGGUGUGUGGCCGAAAUGUGCUCCUGGCUCCCCAUUAAAGGCUCAAUUUUAUACUUUGCUUCCCGGUUCUGCGACCCCGAAUUGAGGCUUACCGCCUCGUGGAUCCACUGCUACACCGCCAUGAUGUUUAUCUGUGUAGAAGCCGUUGCUGUGGCCGGCACUAUCCUGUUCUGGACUGACAUAAAUCCCGCCGUUUGGACUACCCUCUCCUUGGUGACCAUUUUCGCCAACAACUACGGAGAGGCAGAGUUCUACUCCUCCAUGUUGAAGGUGCUUCUCA